AUGAAGGUCAUCACCUCUUUGAUCAUCGCGACCCUCGCCGCUGCCGUGUCGGCCGACUACCAAUCAUGCGGCGGCUUCCGCGUCGCGCCGGCGCCUCGCUGUCCCAAGGGCACGGCUUGUCUCGAUGACCCUCGCAUCGACGGCUGCGGCAUGGCCUGCGAUGCGCCGGGCAUUUGCAUCCCCAACAAGGCGCCUCAGUGCGGGGGCCCUCGAAAAAUCCGUUGUCCAUACGGCUCGGGGCUUGUGUGUUACGACAAGCCCAAUGACGACUGCGAUCCCCGGAACGGCGGCGUCAAGUGCCCAGGCGUGUGCUUGACCCCUCUGGAACAAGACCCCCCCGUGGAGAUCCCGGAGGAUGCCCCUUUCUGUGGUGGAUUUGGCGGCUUGCCAUGCCCAGAGGGCCUAGUGUGCAUUGACGACCCGAGGGAUGGAUGUGAUCCUAAGAAAGGAGGAGCUGAUUGCGGCGGCGUCUGCGUCUCUCCGCCGUACUAG